UUGUAUUCAAUUCAUUUUUAUUUUAUACAGCACAAAAUCACACAUUAAGAAUUUGCCUCAGCGGACUUUACAAUCUUACAAACAUUAUAUUAUGGAAAUGAAGGACCAUGAAUGAAGGGACCCAGGUUGUCAAGCCACCGAAAGAGUGAGAGAAACAAGUAAAUAAAACCGUACUAUUGAUGAGAAGGCAUAGAAAAAUAAAAGCAUCAAGGAUGGAAAUGAACAAUGAAUACAUGAGACAAUCAAAAGUAAUGUAGAACACGUUUGUUUAAAGAGUACAAAAUAAGGACAAUGCUAUCAGCAACCAAAUAAUGUGAUCCAGUAAUUCAUCAGGAAUGUAUUUGUUUCCCAAUAGGAACGUACACCGUUUUAUAGGCAAUGUAUCUUCUAUUAUGUUUUAAUUUCUGCUCCCUUUUAUUAUUAUUUUAAUAAUGCUUUUUGUAGUGUUUAUUUAAUGGUGUUAUUCUAACGAAAUAUACUUGCCAUGUCUUAUUUUGAAAAAUGGAACCCCCGAAUAGUACCGGAUACUAUGAUAUUACGCAUUCUGAAUGACUUUUCUCUCGCUGGUCUGACCAAUCAUCUCAGAGGGGGCGGAGCUCCGACAAACCACAACUAUUUCUCCUGCUAAAUCUUGUGUGUCCGGAGUCUGCUUUCACACUGAGGUACAUCGGAGUUGUCGGUCUUCUUUCUCCUCCUCAACAUUUCUCCAUCCAGGAAUACAAAAAGUGAUGCUUCACCGUGACCGGCUGCACACCAAGGCAGAGGACGACAAGCGGUGACAACUUUAUACCCCGUGCCACUCUCUUACCAGGAGUAUUUUUCCAUUUCUUCCCCUAUUUUUCUACUUUCGGCUUGAAGAAGACGCGGUGGUUUGCGGUUUUUUUCCUCCCGUAAUGCCGGACCGUUUUUAAUAAUAAAAAACCACACACUUUUCGGUCUCCAAUGCGGGAGAGGAGGAACAUUUUCCGAGUGGGUUUUGCUACUUUGUUUUGGUUUGUUUAGCUCCAGAAGGGACUGUGAGCUGUGGCGUUUCAGUUCGGGAAUGACUCACUUUUCGCCGUAGCUCCAUGUAAAUCCUUUUUUGUUUUGUUUUCCCUGGUCGUCCGGCUCUUCGCCCAGCGGACUCUUUGCCGCUGCUCCUGGAUAUACGAGCACGUCUGCGCAGUACUUUGCUGUAAAUGGAGCGCCAGUCCAGUUUCAUUUCCAUUUGGCUACAACUGGAGCUCUGCGCCAUGGCUGUUCUUCUUACCAAAGGAGAAAUACGGUGUUACUGCGAUGCUCCGCACUGUGUGGCCACUGGGUACAUGUGCAAGUCGGAGCUAAACGCCUGUUUCACAAAGGUCCUGGACCCGCUCAGUGGGAACUCCCCCCUAACCCAUGGCUGUUUAGACCCCAUCGCCAACUCGGCUGACAUCUGCAGCAGUGGCAGCUCCGGGGUUGUCGACGUCCUUGCCGGGGCCUCCGCGCUGGAGUGUUGCCACGACGACAUGUGCAACUACAGAGGCCUGCACGACCUGGGGCACACCAGAGACUCGACAGAUCACAGCCGGUACCAGCCGGACAGCAGCAACAGAAACCUGGUGACCCGGGUCCAGGAACUGGCCUCGGCCAAGGAAGUGUGGUUCCGGGCGGCGGUGAUCGCCGUCCCCAUCGCCGGCGGCCUCAUCCUGGUGCUGCUCAUCAUGCUGGCGCUACGGAUGCUGCGCAGCGAGAACAAGCGACUGCAGGACCAGCGGCAGCAGAUGUUGUCGCGGCUUCACUACAGCUUCCACGGCCACCACACCAAGAAGGGCCACGUGGCUAAGUUGGACUUGGAGUGCAUGGUGCCCGUCACGGGCCACGAGAACUGCUGCCUGACCUGCGACAAGAUGAGGCAGGCCGACCUGGGCAACGACAAGAUCCUGUCUCUGGUGCACUGGGGGAUGUACAGUGGCCACGGCAAGCUGGAGUUUGUAUGACCAUGUGACUGUCAGAACCGCCGUGCGUUGUUGGCGUCUGCUCUGUACUUUAAAAGACAUUCCUAUGUUGUUUUCUCGCCCGUCGGUUCUUUUCAACCAGUGGCGGAAAAAUUACAAGACUGAUCUCAUGCUGUGUGUUUUUAUGUUGUUGUUUUUUGCUAGAGGAGCACUUUACUUGAAAUAAUGAAAAGCAACGAGGAGCUGUAUUUAAAAGUGGAGGCUGGCAGAACUGAGGUGGAGCGAGAGCUCCGUCACUGCUUCGGAGGAUCCUGGACAUUUACACUGAGCGCUGAAGGAUUCAAAUCUGUCUUAUUUGCACAUUUGUAAAGAAAAAGAAACGCCCCGAAAAAAGUUGUUGCUUCAAAGCAGAUUUUUACACUGACGCUAGGGUACAACAAAUGUACUUGUUUGAGGAGUAUAAAAGUGGUUGACUGUUGGUGCGCACACUCCUCCUGUGUUUGUUUUCAUGAUUCAAGCUUAUUUUAAAGAUCUUGUUUUGGGUGAAUGUCCAACAUCUCUGUGAUCAGACUAUAAGCUUGAUUGUGAGCGUGAAAGACAAAACUUCCAUUAAAAAGAUUUUUUAUUUA